AUGGGUUUUCAAAGUGUAUUGCGUUGGGGUGUAGACCUCACGUUAGUAGCAAUGUUGCUCGCAGCAGUGAGACGUGAGACGGGACUGGUAUUCGCUUACGAAAGAUACGACUUCACUAAAUUGAUAAGAGGUUACUUAACAUGGGGUGAGUAUUGUUUCCAAAGGUUUAUAAACCAUGUCAAAGGGGACUCCGGUCGAUUCCGUAAGCAACUCGAUGGUGUGGACAAGUUUCUAGGUGAGCCAUGA